CAUGAUCCUCCUCUUGCUUUCGAGUACCUUUGUGUUUCAUCUCGCCUUUCAGUUUUCUUCUCGGUAGCAACAGCUCUUUAGAUCUACAAAAAAAUGUCGGACAUAGAGACGUUUGCUUUCCAGGCUGAGAUCAAUCAGCUUCUCAGUCUUAUUAUCAACACUUUCUACAGCAACAAGGAGAUCUUUCUCCGUGAACUCAUCAGCAAUUCUUCCGAUGCUCUAGACAAGAUCCGUUUUGAGAGUUUAACCGACAAGAGCAAGCUAGAUGCUCAACCAGAGCUCUUCAUCCAUAUUAUCCCAGACAAGACCAACAAUACUCUCACUAUCAUUGAUAGUGGUAUUGGUAUGACAAAGGCUGAUCUGGUGAAUAACCUGGGUACAAUUGCAAGGUCAGGAACCAAGGAGUUCAUGGAAGCUAUUGCAGCUGGUGCUGAUGUUAGCAUGAUUGGUCAAUUUGGUGUUGGUUUCUACUCUGCUUACUUGGUAGCUGAGAAGGUUAUUGUGACCACAAAGCACAAUGAUGAUGAACAGUAUGUCUGGGAGUCUCAAGCCGGUGGCUCUUUCACUGUUACCAGGGAUACAUCUGGUGAGAACCUUGGCAGGGGUACCAAAAUGGUCCUUUAUCUCAAGGAGGAUCAGCUUGAAUACCUUGAAGAACGUAGGCUCAAGGACCUUAUUAAGAAGCACUCUGAGUUCAUUAGCUACCCUAUCUCUCUUUGGGUUGAGAAGACCAUAGAGAAGGAAAUUUCUGAUGAUGAGGAGGAAGAGGAGAAGAAAGAUGAGGAGGGAAAGGUAGAGGAGGUCGAUGAGGAUAAGGAGAAGGAAGAGAAGAAAAAGAAGAAGGUUAAGGAAGUUUCUAAUGAGUGGUCACUGGUGAACAAGCAGAAGCCCAUUUGGAUGAGGAAGCCAGAAGAGAUCACAAAGGAGGAGUAUGCUGCUUUCUACAAGAGCUUGACUAAUGAUUGGGAAGAGCAUCUUGCUGUGAAGCACUUCUCUGUUGAGGGCCAGUUGGAGUUCAAGGCUGUCCUUUUUGUUCCAAAAAGGGCUCCUUUUGACCUCUUUGACACAAAGAAGAAGCCCAACAAUAUCAAGCUUUAUGUUCGCCGUGUGUUUAUCAUGGAUAACUGUGAGGAGUUGAUUCCUGAAUAUUUGAGCUUUGUGAAGGGUAUUGUGGAUUCUGAGGACCUUCCUCUCAACAUCUCCAGAGAGACAUUGCAGCAGAACAAGAUCCUAAAGGUUAUUCGCAAGAAUUUGGUGAAGAAGUGUGUUGAGCUUUUCUUUGAAAUUGCUGAGAACAAGGAGGACUACAAUAAGUUCUAUGAGGCCUUCUCUAAAAACCUUAAGCUUGGAAUCCAUGAGGAUUCUCAGAACAGGUCAAAGUUUGCUGAACUGCUGAGGUACCAUUCCACCAAGAGUGGUGAUGAGAUGACCAGCUUGAAGGACUAUGUAACCAGAAUGAAGGAGGGCCAGAAUGAUAUUUACUACAUUACUGGUGAGAGCAAGAAGGCUGUUGAGAACUCUCCCUUCCUGGAGAAACUGAAGAAGAAGGGAUAUGAGGUACUUUACAUGGUUGAUGCCAUUGAUGAGUAUUCAAUUGGUCAGCUUAAGGAAUUUGAGGGCAAAAAGCUUGUUUCUGCUACCAAGGAAGGCCUCAAGCUUGAUGAGAGUGAAGAUGAGAAGAAAAAGCAGGAAGAAUUGAAGGAAAAGUUCGAGGGACUGUGUAAGGUGAUGAAGGAUGUGCUAGGAGACAAAGUUGAAAAGGUUAUUGUUUCUGACCGUGUUGUGGACUCUCCCUGCUGUUUGGUGACUGGUGAGUAUGGGUGGACUGCUAACAUGGAGAGAAUCAUGAAGGCACAGGCACUUAGGGACUCUAGCAUGGCUGGAUACAUGUCUAGCAAGAAGACCAUGGAGAUCAACCCAGAGAACUCCAUCAUGGAUGAGCUGAGGAAGAGGGCUGAUGCAGACAAGAAUGACAAGUCUGUGAAGGACUUGGUUCUCCUGCUUUUUGAGACCGCCCUUCUAACCUCAGGUUUCAGCCUUGAGGAGCCAAACACCUUUGGCAACAGAAUUCACAGGAUGCUGAAACUUGGUUUGAGCAUUGAUGAGGAAAGCGGAGAUGUUGAUGCCGACAUGCCAGCAUUGGAGGAUCCUGAAGCUGACGCUGAGGGCAGCAAGAUGGAGGAGGUUGAUUAAGUUCAUUAUUAAUGUUUUGAUAGUUUAUGGGUUCCCUUCCUACUUAUUCUCUAGUUUUUGCUUUAUCCCAUCAGAACAAUAUGUGAUAGGGUUUUAAUGCCAUUCUUUUAGAAUGGCAGUUCCAUGUUAGGUUAUAAUUCUCUUUUUGUUUUGACAUUCGUGGUUAAUAUUAGUUACUUUUCUUGCCCAA